AAUUUGUAAGCCGAUCCCGCCGCCCAAAGCCAUCAGCAAUCCUUAGCAUAGGGGCACACUCAUGCAUUCCUGUCAAGUCAUCUUGUGAAAGACUGCCUGCUUCCAGCUUGGCUUGGAUGUGCAACCUUAAUAAAACUCACUGAGGUCUGGGAGAAAAUAGCAGAUCUGCUGCAGAUAGAGUAGAGGAAAGGGGCUCGAAUAUGUACUCGCAGCUGACUCAGGCAGACUCCACGCUGAACGGUUACACAGAGAGGAAACAAUAAAUCUCAGCUACUAUGCAAUAAAUUUCUCGAGUUUUAACGAAGGAGAAACUAUCAUUGCAGUGAAAUAAAAAAAAAAAAGUAACAUUUUAGAACAAAGCUAUCAAAUGGCUAGUUUUCUAUGAUUCUUCAAACGCUUUCUUUGAGGGGGAAAAAAGUCAAACAAGCAGUUUUACCUGAAAUAAAGAACUAGUUUAAAGGUCAGAAGAGAGGAGCAAGUUCUGCGAGAGGCACGGAAGGAGAGUGCUUGCAGUACCAUGACUGUGUUUCUUUCCUUUGCUUUCUUCGCUGCCAUUCUGACUCACAUAGGGUGCAGCAACCAGCGCCGAAGUCCAGAAAACGGUGGGAGAAGAUAUAACCGAAUUCAGCAUGGGCAGUGUGCCUACACUUUCAUUCUUCCAGAACACGACGGGAACUGUCGUGAGAGCACGACAGAGCAGUACAACACAAACGCUCUGCAGAGGGAUGCUCCACACGUGGAGCCGGAUUUCUCUUCCCAGAAACUUCAGCAUCUGGAGCAUGUGAUGGAAAAUUAUACUCAGUGGCUACAAAAACUUGAGAAUUACAUUGUGGAAAAUAUGAAGUCGGAGAUGGCCCAGAUACAGCAGAAUGCGGUUCAGAACCACACGGCCACCAUGCUUGAGAUAGGAACCAGUCUCCUGUCUCAGACUGCAGAGCAGACCCGAAAGCUGACAGAUGUUGAGACCCAGGUGCUAAAUCAAACAUCUCGACUUGAAAUACAACUCCUGGAGAAUUCACUCUCAACAUACAAGCUGGAGAAGCAACUUCUUCAGCAGACAAAUGAAAUUUUGAAGAUCCAUGAGAAAAACAGUUUAUUAGAACAUAAAAUCUUAGAAAUGGAGGGAAAGCACAAGGAAGAGUUAGACACCUUGAAGGAGGAGAAAGAAAACCUUCAAGGCUUGGUUACUCGUCAAACAUAUAUCAUCCAGGAGCUGGAGAAGCAACUAAACAGAGCCACCAACAACAACAGCAUCCUCCAGAGGCAGCAAUUGGAGCUCAUGGACACAGUUCACAACCUUGUCAACCUUUGCACCAAAGAAGGUGUUUUGCUAAAGGGAGGAAAAAAAGAGGAAGAGAAACCAUUUAGAGACUGUGCAGAUGUAUAUCAAGCUGGUUUUAAUAAGAGUGGAAUCUACACUAUUUAUUUUAAUAAUAUGCCAGAACCCAAAAAGGUAUUUUGCAAUAUGGAUGUGAAUGGGGGAGGUUGGACAGUAAUACAACAUCGUGAGGAUGGAAGUCUGGAUUUCCAAAGGGGCUGGAAAGAAUAUAAAAUGGGUUUUGGAAAUCCCUCUGGUGAAUAUUGGCUGGGGAAUGAGUUUAUUUUUGCCAUCACCAGUCAGAGGCAGUACAUGCUUAGGAUCGAGCUGAUGGACUGGGAAGGGAACCGAGCCUACUCACAGUAUGACAGAUUCCACAUAGGAAAUGAAAAGCAGAACUAUAGGUUAUAUUUAAAGGGUCACACAGGGACAGCAGGCAAACAGAGCAGCCUGAUCUUACACGGCGCUGAUUUCAGCACCAAAGAUGCCGAUAACGACAACUGUAUGUGCAAAUGUGCCCUCAUGCUCACAGGAGGCUGGUGGUUUGAUGCCUGUGGCCCCUCCAAUCUAAAUGGAAUGUUCUACACUGCGGGACAAAAUCAUGGAAAAUUGAAUGGGAUAAAGUGGCACUACUUCAAAGGGCCCAGUUACUCCUUACGGUCUACAACUAUGAUGGUCCGGCCUUUGGACUUCUAGAGCACUCUGCCAGGAGCAAUCAUACAAACUACAAGGAAAUUUGGAGACGCUACCAGAUGAAUAAUCUACAUGAAAACUUCUGAAACAAACAAUAUUCUCUCCCUUUAGGCAUCAAAUAGCAGUUGUGUGAUGUCGCCAAGGUUCUUGACUGUGGAUUUGGAGACUUUUAAGUUCAGGGAAGUCUCCACUUUGUUCACUGUGUUCACAUAGCUUGACUACAGAGAAUGCCUCUCACUGUCAUGCUUUAAAAAGGGAAGAAACUGCUCAGCUCACUGUGCUUCAAAGUACUACUGGGUCAUAUUUUGAAACUAUAACAGCCUGAUAACCAAGAUGGCAUAUUUCACGAAAAAUAAAAAAAAAAAAGAAGAAGUAAAGAAUACACAUGAAGAAUGGGAA